GUUUUGUGGGAUUUUAGAGAAAAAGAGUAAAAACACUAUAAAAAGUUGCCUCCUUUCUUCUAAAAAGAGUCUUCUUUAUUUUCUUUUACUCAUUCUAAAAUAAACUUUUUUUUAAUUUUUUUUGGGGUUUAAAAGUUAUGGUUCUUGCUCUUCAUACCUGCAAAAAAAUCAAAAUUUGUAUGUAAAAAAAAAAAAUGAACGGUGGAGAUCCAGCUUUCAAGCUCUUUGGAAGGAAGAUUCCUGUGCUUGAACCUCAGAUUCAUGCUGGGGAUACAUGUGGUGAGGAAACAAACCCAGGAACUGAAACUUCUCAAACAAAUACAUCUGGUAAGCCAGAUAAGUCCAUUAGGGUGGAAAAUGGUAAGGAAGAAGUUCAAACUUGUAUGAAACUGGAUGAGGUACAAAUUAACCCCAAAGACGAACAGCCAGAGACGAAUAGAACAGAUCAGGAGAUAGUUUUCAAGAAGCCAGACAAGAUCCUUCCAUGUCCACGGUGCAACAGCUUAGACACGAAAUUCUGUUAUUUCAAUAACUAUAAUGUCAACCAACCUCGACAUUUCUGUAAGAAUUGCCAGAGAUAUUGGACAGCUGGUGGAACAAUGAGAAAUGUUCCUAUCGGUGCCGGGAGAAGGAAGAAUAAGCACUUGACCUCGCAAUACCGUCAGAUAAUAGUUUCUUCCGAUGGAGUACCGAUGACUCAGAUAGAAACCCCCGACUCAGCAAAUCAACUUGUAUCUCCUUGUGAAUCUACAGCUGCUUUCAAGCCUUCCAUGGGGAAUGGAACAGUUUUGAAAUUUGGCGCUGAAGCACCACUUUGUGAAUCCAUGGAGACUGCGCUUAGCCUUGGAGAACAGAAGAGAUGUGUUGAGACUGGUAUGGUCAGUUGUGGAGAAACACGAAAGGAACCCUCUUCGUGUGGAUCUUCAGUGGCACCUUGUAGCAUACGGGGGAAUGAAUUCCCUGGACAUGUCAUGCAAAAAGAGAGAAUAGGUGUGACUGGACCUAAUGACCGGAAUACACAGCAUCUGCCACAGUGCUAUCCUGUUCCACCCUGGGUUUUUCCUUGGAAUCAAAGUCCGAAUAAUGUAGCUCCCGUGGCAGCCGUUCAGUGUUCUUCUGAUCGUAUUAGUGCACCAAAUAGUAGUACUUCCAAUGUUGUUCCUCAAUGGUGUCCUACACCAUUGGUGGCCGUCCCUGGAUUUUGCCCACCAAACAUUCCGGUACAGUUUGUGCCUGCUUAUUGGGGUUGUAUGCCUCUAUGGACCACUUCCGGGGGAAAUGUAUCGUUCAGUGGCUCCAAUGGUUGUUUAUCUCCAUCAUCCUCGACUAGUAACAGUAGCUGCUCGGGCAAUGUCUCACCGACACUAGGCAAACAUUCCAGAGAGGCAAAUUUUGUCGAGGAGGAGAAACCGGAGAAGUGCAUUCUGGUUCCAAAGACAUUAAGAAUGGAUGAUCCGAACGAAGCUUCAAGGAGUCCUAUAUGGGCUACAUUAGGUAUUAGACCCGCACAGAAAGAUCCUUUACAAGGCAAAGAUUUCGAUUCCUUCGAAUCUAAAGCAGAAGGCCAAGACCAUAUACCAGACGGCAAUCAUAUUUUGGAAGCAAACCCUGCACCCUUUUCAGAGAGCACAUGAGGAUCAUCAAACGAACAAGUUUCAUCACUUGUUGAGUUCUUGACAAGGUAAGCAAUGUCUCAACUCUUCCUUUAAAGAUAGAAUUCUGUAAAUAGUUAGAAGAAACAAUGAUUGGAGUGGUGUUCAUCAUCUGCGGAGCGAUUAUAUAUAUAAAAAAAAGAAAGACAUUUCGUACACUUGCAUGUUUGUUUUCCACGUAACUUGACAAACAAGAAACCAAAAAGCAGAAGAAAGUUGAUCGGAUUGUCCUUCGGUUCUUAUCGAUUUGAUUGUUAACGGAUACCCAUGUUUAGAGGUUUGCUUUAUUCUGAAAAAGUUGUGUACAAUAUGAACAAUUUUGAAAAUGGAAGAAAAUUUUCAUGGUAAA